ACAAGCAGAAUUUAGUUGAUCAACAUGGCGCUCGAAUCAGUGUGCGGAUUUAAUCUCCAGCAAGGUUGUGGUGGUGGGUUUGGGUCCAAAUCCCGGCAAUGCAUGGACGUCAGUUUUCUACGAGAUGAUCCUCUUGAAAACCCCAAGUUCACUGUACCGGCUGUUGCCGAGCCAGCAGAGUUUCUGCGGACCCUCUCCGAGGAUGGGUCGUCACCCAAGAUAGAAUUUCUUCACGGUACAACAACCCUGGGUUUCAAGUUCCAACAUGGUGUCAUAAUCGCUGUAGACUCUCGAGCCACUGCUGGCAGCUACAUUGCCUCACAGACGGUGAAGAAAGUCAUUGAGAUUAACCCAUACUUAUUGGGCACCAUGGCCGGAGGUGCUGCAGACUGCAUGUUCUGGGAGCGUGUCCUGGCAGAACGCUGCCGGAUUUAUGAGUUACGCAACAAGGAGCGGAUAUCUGUAGCAGCAGCCUCCAAACUGCUGGCCAACAUUCUGUACAACUACAAAGGAAUGGGUCUCUCUGUGGGAACGAUGGUCUGCGGCUGGGACAAGACGGGUCCGGGCCUGUACUACGUAGACAGUGAUGGCAGCAGACUGACCAACAAGCUCUUCUCCGUUGGGUCUGGCUCCCCGUAUGCUUAUGGUGUACUGGACAGUGGCCAUAAAGAUGACCUCACUGUAGAAGAAGCCUACGACCUAGGUCAAAGGGCAAUCUACCAUGCGACCCACAGAGAUGCCUACAGUGGUGGUGUAGUUAAUUUGUACCACAUGAAGGAGACAGGUUGGGAAUUCAUCUCACAGACAGACGUCAAACUUCUACAUUAUAGAUACCAAGAGGAGAAAGAAGCCAUGACUAAGUAGUCAGUCUCUAAGCAUAUUCCUUGUAAAGAUUAACGCUGUAUCCGACUAUACCUUAUGCACAUGACGCCAUUUCAAUAGGGUGCCCUCACCAAGAGGUCAAAAGGAGGUUCUUCAUUGGCCAAUCCUGUGAGCUGCCGCGCGUACAAAUUUGUGCAUUUCUAUUAUUUUGUCACCGUUUCACCUUUAAGAUGGCGGCUGGAUGACGUCAAUGCAUAAGGUCUAUUGGCAGCUACAGCAUUGGCUACGGCUGCUGCUAAGGACGUCCUAUACUUCAUCACACGAUGACAUGGAUAUGAAGCCGCAGCUGUAGCCACCAUUGUGGACCUGCCUUAAAGCCAUUAAGACAUAGAGAGGACAUAGUGUUUCAAUAAGAUUAGAAACUGAACCAAAACAUGUAACGUUUUUCUCUAUUUCUUUGUGACGAUUUCCGAUCAAGCUUAAACUUUCACAUGAAGGAAAAUAUCAGGCCUGGACGAUGGCAGCCAGUGUAAUUUCAGAGACACUGUUCAUGCACAAUUCUUCACCUAUGCCCUAUUUAUGUCUGUAACUACUUCAAUGUUUCGAUUGCACUAAGAAUUUACUUUACAUCUAAAUAUCUUGAAACUAGUUUGGUUUUCCUUGGUGUACACGCAUUAUUAUAAAGAUACAGAGAUUCUUUGUAGAAAAAGCAACUUUUGCAUAGUAAAACUUUAAGAGAUGUCACCAUGUGGUUGCCACGAACACAAAUUAAUUAAAUCUUUUGAGGAUUUUUUGUUUUGCAUUGUCUGUUUAGUUUACCGUCUUUAAAACAAUACUGUUAAUUGGAAAGCCAUACAAGAAUAAUUUCCAUGCAGUGCAUUUUCCAUGCAGUGCAGUUUGUUGCAUGUAAAAAUUGCCCUUUUGAAAAGACCUUUAUCAACUGGUUUUAUACCAUUCUGUGGAGGUUUUGGAUAAUAAAAAUAAAUGGUAUUGAAACAGAAAUUUGCCUGUUUACUUUUAGCAAAGCUUCUAAACCCUUUAAA